UCCUCGUCCUGCACAUCCGUCCCAGCUCCUUUAUUAUUGCAUCUUCUUGCCUUGAACGUCUCAUCAUCUCACGCAGAUCUGUCUGGGCUUUUUUGUUGUUGUUGUCAUUGUUGUUAUUGCUGUUGUUGUUUUUCUCCCACUCUCUUCUCUCUCCUCACCCACACCUGCCCCUUCCUUUUCUCCCCUGCUCCCAUCGUCUGGUAACACCAAGCAAGCGCAAACCCAAGGUCUUCAUCUCACUCCUCCAGGAACCCCAGGAGCCCCAGGAAUACAAGUCACCGCCAUGAGCUCAGAAAAGCACCAGGGUUCACUCCCGACGAUACACCACCAGAACGGUCGUGGCCGACAUGAAGGUUCGACAUUUAUGGGUGUCUCCAUGAAGCAUCUCUCAUUAGUCGUGCUUCUGCUCCAGAACAGUACCCUGGUCCUGAUGAUGCGCUAUUCUCGAGUGAACGUCGAUCCCGAUCUGCCCAUGUAUCUUGCCUCAACAGCCGUCUUCUUUGCAGAGAUCAUCAAGCUGCUUGCGUGUGUGGCCGUUCUGGCAUACAAGACAAAAUCGAUCCCCAGGACCAUAUACAUUCUUCGCAAGGACAUCGUGGAGCAACCUCAAGAGAUCCUUAAGAUGCUGGUGCCCUCGGGACUGUAUGCGCUGCAGAACAACCUGCUCUAUGUUGCUCUUUCGAAUCUUGAGGCGGCGACCUUCCAGGUCACAUACCAGAUGAAAAUUCUCUCAACUGCUGUGUUCUCAGUCGCAAUGCUGAACCGGAGGCUGACUCGUCAAAAAUGGUUUGCUUUGUGUCUACUCAUGGUCGGAGUCACCCUGGUGCAAUUGCAGAACGUGGGCACGGCCAAAUCCACGGUGGAGGUCGAAACCAAGGAUGAACUGGUGUCAGAGGACGAGGUACUGGAUGCGGCUGUGAGCGAGAACGUGGCCGAGGCAACAAACCAACUUAACGGAGGAGCCGAGGAGGAAUCGGGCCCUAUUCAGAACCCUUUUAUCGGACUGUUGGCUGUGCUGACUUCAUGCGUGUCAUCCGGAUUUGCAGGCUGCUACUUUGAAAAGAUUCUUAAGGGAGCUGAGGCCGACAUGUGGGUCAGGAACAUCCAAUUGGGCAUCUCUGGAGCGCUUUUCAGCUUCUUGGCCAUGUUCUACGACCGUCAAAAGAUUUACGAGGGCGGAUUUCUUCAGGGCUACACUCUCAUGACGUGGCUGGUGGUCGCCAACCAGGCGUUGGGAGGACUUUUGGUUGCUAUCGUCGUCAAGUACGCAGACAACAUCCUCAAGGGCUUUGCCACGUCGCUGUCAAUCAUCAUCUCUGGAAUCAUCUCUGUCUACUUUUUCGAUUUCGAGCCUUCGAUCCAGUUCCAAAUUGGAACGUUGAUCGUCAUCCUGUCAACGUAUAUCUACGGCCGACCCGACUCGCCCAUCCCUGCAUUCAUUCGUCCAACCAAAAAGAGGCAAAGCAUUCCGCCGCCAACCAAAUACCAGACGUAGAUGGAAGCAUCCAGUUGAUUGACCUGUCUUUUUUCUCUUUCCUCGUUUUUCGUUUGUUUCCUCUGUCUCUUGCGCCCAUUUCUUGCCACUUCAGUGGAGUGAAUGAGUAUCCAGGCGGGGAAGUAGAGGGAGGCGAGGAAGAGUCAAGGCGAUUACUGGCGGAGAAGGAAAGGAGCAGUAGUUACAGAGCACGGGGAUUAUCUGCAGACGAUCCGGAGAAACACAAACCAUGGAGAAUGCGUUCAGUGGUCGUGGACGUGGACGAGAAGGACUUGCUCAA